AAAGCUUCUGUAUUGAGCUGUUCCUGCUGAAACCACAAUGGAACUGUGGGGGAGACUGAAUGUGUUGCUGUUGGUCCUGCUGGGGCCUGGGAAUGUUUUGGCUGAUUCAGUUGUCUCUGAGAGGAGUCGUCGGCAGGAUUUUUGGUGGCAAGACCUCCCACCUGUUGUUUCUAGUUUUGGGCCUAUUCGAGUGGCUAAUGGCUUGUCUCCUGGCUCCAGGCAACUCAGUGUCUCCCCCCAGAACACUGUUGGUGUGCGCUGUGAUGAGGACAAGAUGGCGGUGACCGUGCAGCUGGAUCUGUAUGGGAUUGGGAAGAGGGUGAAAGCGUCGGAACUGACUCUAGGACCCCAGCGCUGUGCACCCACCGCCCAGAGCACAAGCACUGCUGUUGUCUUCCAGGUUGCCCUGCAGGAUUGUGGGAACAGUUUACAGAUGACUCCAAACUUCCUGGUUUACAGCACCAACCUCACCUAUACUCCUGCUCCCAGAAAUGUUCCCAUUAUUCGGAUGAAUGGUGCAAAGGUUCUUAUUCAGUGCUUCUAUCCCAGGAAUGGAAAUGUUAGUAGUAAGGCCAUCAAACCAACGUGGGUACCAUUUAGCUCCACCAUAUCGGCUGAAGAUAGGCUAGCAUUCUCAUUACGCCUUGUGACAGAUGACUGGUCCUCUCCAAGGGCUUCAAAUCUCUUUCAACUGGGUGACACCUUCCACAUAGAAGCUUCUAUCAACAUUGCAAACCAUGCGCCAAUGACAAUUUAUGUUGACAGCUGUGUGGCCACAGUCACGCCCGAUAUCAAUUCAAACCCUCGUUAUGAGAUAAUUAAUCAAAAUGGGUGUCUGGUAGAUGGGAAACAGGAUGACUCCUCUUCUGCCUUCCGAUCGCCAAGGCCAACUCCGGACAAGCUUCAGUUCUCUGUUGAUGCGUUCAGGUUUACUACAUCAGAUAGCACUGUGAUCUACAUAACUUGCAAUCUGAGAGCUGCUGCAACCACACAAGUCCCAGACACCAUGAACAAAGCUUGCUCCUUCAGCAAAACCACAAACAGCUGGUCUCCUGUUCAAGGACCAAGUAACAUAUGUAGCUGCUGUGAUACUGGAAACUGUGUCUCUCUACCAAGCCAAAGCAGAAGAUUGGGACCACAAUCAGCUUCUAGGUGGAAUAGAAAAAGAGAAGCCAUACAUGUGACUAAAAUGGAGGAGGAAGAAGAACAUAGCUUGGCUACUCUAGGGCCCAUAUUGGUGGUUGCACCUGAACAAGCCCAAGCCAAAACACAAGCUGUAAAGCAGGAACUGGAAAUCAAGACCUUGGAACUGUGGGAGCUGGUGGCAUUGGGAUCUUUGGGGCUUGUUGUGCUAGCUGCCUGUAUUGCUGUCAUUGUCACUAAGCUAACUAAAAGGAAGCAAUAUAUAUCCACUAUCCAGAAAUAAAGACAAAGUAUCCACAUAA